GCGGGCGCGGAGGCUGCCGGGAGGAGUGCACCCGGUGGGUCAGGGUCCGGCCCUGUCAUGGCGGUUCCGGCCGGGCAGUGACCGAGGAUUUGGCGUCCAGAGGAUCAGGUGGCGGUUGACGGAGACUCCACCUAUCCGACAGGAAUGCGAGGACGCCGGAGCGGGCGUUGAGGAGCGGCGGUGACGGGGCGGGGGCUCAGUGUUGCGUCCCGGCCGCCGAGGCGGCGGCGUCUGUUCCUUGUCCUCGUCUCCGGGCUCCAGCGCGGGGCCCCGCCCGGCCGGGCCCGGCAGCCGCGGGCUGAGCUGCAAGAGCGGGCCGGAGUGCGGGGCCGCCGGCGCGGCGAUGGCCCAGUGCGUCCAGUCGGUGCAGGAGCUCAUCCCGGACUCGUUCGUGCCCUGCGUCGCCGCGCUGUGUAGCGACGAAGCCGAGCGACUCACUCGUCUCAAUCACCUGAGCUUUGCGGAGCUGCUGAAGCCCUUCUCUCGCCUCACUUCCGAGGUUCACAUGAGAGAUCCUAAUAAUCAGCUUCAUGUAGUUAAAAACUUGAAGAUAGCAGUAAGCAACAUCAUCACCCAGCCGCCUCAGCCUGGAGCCAUUCGGAAGCUUUUGAAUGAUGUUGUUUCUGGAAGCCAGCCUGCAGAAGGAUUAGUCGCUAAUGUGAUUACGGCAGGAGAUUAUGACCUUAACAUCAGUGCUACUACUCCAUGGUUUGAGUCUUAUAGAGAGACCUUUCUUCAGUCAAUGCCUGCAUCAGACCAUGAAUUUCUGAACCACUAUUUAGCAUGUAUGUUAGUGGCAUCAUCUAGUGACACUGAACCUAUGGAACAAUUUUCAAAAUUGUCGCAAGAGCAGCAUCGAAUUCAACACAAUAAUGAUUAUUCCUACCCCAAAUGGUUUAUACCAAACACACUUAAAUAUUAUGUACUUUUACAUGAUGUAAGUUCAGGAGAUGAACAGAGAGCUGAAUUAAUUUAUGAAGAAAUGAAACAAAAAUAUGGAACUCAGGGUUGCUAUUUACUUAAAAUUAAUUCUCGAACAUCUAAUCAAGCAUCAGAUGAACAGAUACCAGAUCCUUGGAGUCAGUAUCUCCAGAAAAAUAGUAUUCAAAACCAGGAAUCAUAUGAAGAUGGCCCUUAUACCAUAACUUCACAUAAGAAUUCUGAUAGUAACUUGCUUUCAUUGGAUGGAUUAGAUAACGAAGUCAAAGUAGAUGGCUUACCAAAUAACUUUAGAGCUCAUCCACUUCAGUUGGACCAAUCCAGUGAUCCUUCUAACAGUGUUGAUGAUCCAGAUCACAAGAAAUUGGCUUCAUCAUUAAAUGAGAUAAAGAAAGCAAAUACUGCAAUAAUUCAUGGUGCAUGCUUGACACUUACUGAUCAUGAUAGAAUUCGACAGUUUAUACAAGAGUUUACAUUUCGAGGCCUUUUACCACAUAUAGAGAAAACAAUUCGGCAAUUAAAUGAUCAGCUAAUAUCAAGAAAAGGUUUGAGUCGAUCUCUCUUUUCUGCAACUAAAAAAUGGUUUAGUGGAAGUAAAGUUCCAGAAAAGAGCAUCAAUGAGCUAAAAAAUACAUCUGGAUUAUUGUAUCCACCAGAAGCACCAGAGCUUCAAAUCAGGAAGAUGGCUGAUUUAUGUUUUUUGGUGCAGCAUUAUGAUUUGGCUUACAGUUGCUAUCAUACUGCAAAAAAGGAUUUUCUUAAUGAUCAAGCAAUGCUUUAUGCAGCUGGUGCCUUGGAAAUGGCAGCAGUGUCAGCUUUCCUCCAACCAGGAGCACCCAGGCCAUACCCUGCCCAUUAUAUGGAUACAGCAAUUCAGACGUACAGGGAUAUCUGCAAGAAUAUGGCAUUGGCUGAAAGAUGUGUCUUGCUUAGUGCUGAAAUUCUAAAAAGUCAAAGCAAGUAUUCAGAGGCUGCAGCUCUCCUAAUACGGUUGACUAGCGAGGAUUCUGAUCUUCGAAGUGCACUUCUUUUGGAGCAGGCAGCGCAUUGCUUUAUAAACAUGAAGAGUCCAAUGGUUAGAAAGUAUGCAUUUCAUAUGAUAUUGGCAGGUCAUCGGUUUAGUAAAGCAGGACAGAAAAAGCAUGCUUUACGUUGCUAUUGUCAAGCCAUGCAAGUUUACAAAGGGAAAGGAUGGUCUCUUGCAGAAGAUCACAUUAAUUUCACUAUUGGACGCCAGUCUUACACGCUUAGGCAGCUGGACAAUGCUGUCUCUGCAUUUAGGCAUAUUUUAAUCAAUGAAAGUAAACAGUCUGCUGCCCAACAGGGGGCCUUCCUCAGAGAAUACCUUUAUGUUUAUAAGAACGUGAGUCAGCUCUCACCAGAUGGUCCUUUACCACAGCUUCCUUUACCAUACAUUAACAGUUCAGCAACACGUGUUUUCUUUGGACAUGAUAGACGACCAGCUGAUGGUGAAAAGCAAGCAGCUACUCAUGUAAGUCUUGAUCAAGAAUAUGACUCUGAAUCCUCUCAGCAGUGGCAGGAACUUGAGGAGCAAGUUGUGGCUGUGGUUAACAAAGGAAUAAUUCCCUCCAAUUUCCAUCCCACACAAUAUUGUUUGAACAGCUUUUCAGAUAAUUCAAGAUUUCCGCUUGCUGUUGUUGAAGAACCAAUUACAGUAGAAGUGGCUUUUAGAAAUCCUUUGAAGGUUCCACUUUUGUUGACUGAUUUGUCGUUACUCUGGAAGUUUCAUCCUAAAGAUUUGAAUGGAAAGGAUAAGGAAGUUAAAGACCUAGUUACAAGUUAUCCUGAAAUUAUUGAAACGGAAGUUAUUUCAGAAUUUUUAAUUAAUUGCGAAGAAUCUAAAGUGGCAAGAUUAAAGCUCUUUCCCCAUCACAUAGGGGAGCUGCAUAUUCUGGGAAUUGUUUAUAAUCUUGGCACUAUUCAGGGCUCUCUGUCAGUAGAUGGCACUGCUGCUCUUCCUGGAUGUCACACAGGAAAAUAUUCCUUGAGUAUGUCAGUCCGAGGGAGACAGGACUUAGAAAUUCAAGGCCCUCGACUUAACAACACAAAAGAAGAAAAAACAUCUAUUAAAUACGGGCCUGAUCGACGUCUAGAUCCCAUAAUCACUGAAGAAAUGCCACUGUUGGAGGUGUUCUUUAUACAUUUUCCUACAGGGCUCCUAUGUGGGGAAAUCCGAAAAGCAUAUGUAGAGUUUGUUAAUGUCAGCAAAUGCCCUCUGACUGGCUUGAAGGUUGUGUCUAAACGUCCAGAGUUCUUCACCUUUGGUGGUAAUACUGCUGUUCUAACACCACUAAGUCCCUCCGCUUCCGAAAACUGUAGUGCUUACAAGACUGUUGUGACAGAUUCUUCCUGUGUGUGCCCAGCACUCAUUUCAUCAGCUUCUUCUGUAGACUUUGGCAAUGGCACAGGAAGCCAGCCAGAGGUGAUUCCUGUUCCCCUUCCCAAUGCCGUUCUUCUGCCUGGAGCUUCAGUCCAGCUGCCAAUGUGGUUACGUGGGCCAGAUGAGGAAGGUGUUCAUGAAAUUAACUUUUUGUUUUACUAUCAAAAUGUUGCAAGGCAGCCUAAAAUACGUCACAGAAUAUUGAGACACACUGCAGUAAUUUGUACCAGCCGAUCUUUGACUGUACGAGCCACUGUCUGCAGAAGUAAUUCUCUUGAGGAUGAAGAAGGCAGCGGAGGCAAUAUGCUUGUCUUUGUGGAUGUGGAAAAUACCAAUACUAGUGAAGCAGGUGUUAAGGAAUUCCAUGUAGUACAAGUAUCGAGUAGCAGCAAACACUGGAAAUUAUAUAAAUCUGUAAAUCUCUCUGAAAACAAAGAUGCCAGACUUGCCAGUAGGGAGAAAGGAAAGUUUUGCUUUAAAGCAGUAAGAUGUAAGGAAAAAGAAGCUAAUACAGAGUCUUCAGAAAAAUAUACCUUUGCAGAUAUCAUCUUUGGAAAUGAGCAGAUAGUAAGUUCAGCAAGUCCAUGUGCAGACUUCUUUUACAGAAGUUUAUCUUCAGACUUGAAGAAGCCACAAGCCCAGUUGUCUGUACAUACAGAAAAACGACCAGCAGAGGAUGCUGUGAGGUUGAUUCAAAAGUGCAGUGAGGUGGAUCUGAAUAUUAUAGUAUUGUGGAAGGCAUAUGUUGUAGAAGACAAUAAGCAGCUUAUUUUGGAAGGUCAGCAUCAUGUUAUUCUUCAUGCUAUAGGAAAAGAAGCCUUUUCACAACCCCAGAAACAGGAGCCACCAGAAAUGGAACUAUUAAAGUUCUUCAGACCAGAAAACACUACAGUUUCCUCAAGGCCAUCAGUAGAACAGCUUUCUAAUCUCAUUAAAACGAGUCUUCAUUACCCAGAAUCAUUUAGUCAUCCAUUUCAUCAAAAAAGCCUUUGUUUGGUACCGGUUACCCUUUUGCUUUCCAACUGUUCUCAGGCUGAUGUAGAUGUAAUAGUUGAUCUUCAGCAUAAAACAGCAAGUUCAGAAACAGUGGAAAUCCAUGGAUCAUUCACAUGGCUUGGACAAACACAGUAUAAAUUUCAGCUUAAAGGCCAGGAGAUGCACAGUUUGCAGCUGAAAGCAUGCUUUGUCCAUACGGGUGUCUAUAACCUUGGUACUCCUAGAGUAUUUGCCAAGCUGUCGGACCAAGUCACAAUGUUUGAAACAAGUCAGCAGAACUCCAUGCCUGCCUUGAUCGUCAUCAACAGCGUAUGACAGCUUGCAAGUUUGUGCUGAAAUCCAAAGGAAUCAGUUUAAUUUGCUGAAUGGGUUUUACAGCAGUAUGUGAAAUGCCUAACUUGUUACAGAGGUUGGAGUCUGAUCACUGCAGAAAUCUUUGACUUGCCAUUCUGUUGAGGAUGUAAAGCACAUCGGACUGAGAAUAUGUGUUAUUUUUUUGUUUAUUAUUUCUUAAUCCCUGGUAAUAAUUUACAUGCUCAUAAUACAGAAUUUCAACUACCCAUGUACCUCAUUAAGUCCCGUCUUGAAAAAGAAUGUCUGGGUCUACUCUUACAACUUGUCAAUGGCAUAUGAAUAAUCAGAGAUGAUUCUGAGGAAAGAAAGACUUUUUUGGGGAAGUUCUCCUGUUCAGCUAUUAGUUUAUAAAUUCCAGCUCUACUGUGAAAUUCUAGAGUGUUAAAUCCAAAUUUUUCCAUGUUCACAAAAUUCUCUAAAAUCUGUUUUGAACUUUGGUUAUAGAGUCUUCAUAUUUCAGUAUCUGGUGGUCCCCAUGGCUUAUUAUACACAACUUUGUAAAAAGAAAACUUUUUUCUGAUACUUUGAAUAUAGUUUUGAAAGAGUUUGACUUUCCUCCCAUUCAUCUCAGUAUAGAAUGCACUAUUUCACAAUAUGAGAUUUUUGUCAUUAAAAUUAUCAUAUUCUUACUAUAUAACUUUAACAAUUGAGUUGAUCUGUUUAAAGGAUUGAUGCUCAAGUUAAUUAAAAAAGUCAGCUUUUCAAAAUGUAUUAUAUUUAUAACAAAUGUACUGUAAAUAGAAUAAAGACAUGCUAUUCACUGUA